CUUUGUUGAUGCAAACUAACAUCAAUUAUAAAUCAGUAACUAAGGCGUUUAUCUGGGCUAUAUUAUCUGGAAAGGUGUAAUGUACAGUGUACGAAUUUGCAGUAAAUCAGAUGAUACAGAAAACAAGACUAAACUAAUGAAGAAUAGAAAAUGAAAAGACACAUAUCUAAGGAGCUGCUCCAAGCAGAAAGACUAGCUAAACAGAUGGAGUCCGAGGAAUUAGUCACACCACUCCGGCUUCUUCUGGUGCUCAUCAUUUCAGUUGCCUUGGUUACAGCUGUAUCAUUCAGCGCUGCCAAUACAUCAGAUUAUUUACUUUCUUCGUCCGAUGAAACAAUUAAUUUGACAACAGUACCUUAUAUAUAUGAUUACCUUAAAGCUGAAAAAACAAGGGAAGAAAAUAUGGAAUUUUAUAACCAACCUUUAGAUCAGUGGACCGUAGAAAAGAGGUCACGCCUUUCCUUAGAUGAAUUCUGGGAUAUAUAUGAUGGCAAAUGGCCUGUUAUAAUAACUGAUGUUGUUGAUAAAUGGCCAGCUAUAAACUGGACAAAACCUUUCUUUUUACAAAAUUAUGCAGAUGAAAAAGUAAUGGUGAAAGCUGUUGUGAAUAGCAAACCUGCAGCAGUAGCAGUCAACAUGGACACUUUUAUUAGUGAGCUGGACACUUCUGGACCAAAUGGUUGGACCUAUCUUGAAGAUGAAUUAUUUAUAGUCACCAGACCUGAACUUAAGAAGGAUAUUGGUCCUAAUGUUUAUGCAGAGGAAAAUUUCUUUAAUCUAUUCCCAGAUGAAGUUAGACCUUGGGACUGUUUGAUGUUAUGGGGUUCACAAUUUUCUAGGUCCAGUUUACAUAUGGACCCUUACAACUGGACUGCUACAAAUGCUGUAUUGUAUGGACACAAAUCAUGGAUGCUUUUUCCACCAGGACAGGAUGAGUUAUUAUAUAUAUAUCCAAACAGGAAAUGUCACUUUCCUCUGGAUUGUGUCAGAUAUGAUAGCCCUAUUGAUGCUUAUCAGCCAGAUUCAACCAAAUACCCAAAUUUUGAUAAAGCCCAGUACCUAGAGGUAACAGUUUCUGCUGGAGAAAUGUUGAUUAUUCCGACUGGAUGGUACCAUCAGGCAUUUAAUGAAGUGGAGACUCUGGCCAUAUCUAGUCAGAUCAUGAACAGAAAUAAUUACCUUGCCGUGUUAGAGGAAAUCAUCAAGGGAGGGAACAUCAAUAGGAAGAAAUUACCUGCUUAUUUUAAUACAUUAUUACCACCUGAUCAGGUGAAGCUGUUUUUAUCUCUCCUUCAUAAGAAGAUUUUAAAGAAAGGUAAAGAAGUUACAGAGGGUGUAUUGAAAGACAUGCAUAGGAAGAAAGUAUUGAACAUUUGAGAAUAUGGAUUUUGUUUUAAAAUUACCAUACUAUUUAGAAAUUUAUAGUUUUCUAAUUAAAAGUUAAUAAAUUAUAA